UUAUUAAUUACGACAGAAACAGUGAUUAGCAUAUUAGUUUAAUGCUCAGUCCACGGUUUGCUUUGAUCAUCACUUGAGCACCAGCCUCCCUCUGCCGGCACAGCUGCUACCAGCCUACCAGUCUUCCAGCAUAAGAAACACCACCAGCCGGCUCUCUCUCCCUCUCCCCCUCUCUCUCUCUCUGUAGUUUGCUUGAAGAAAAAGUGAUCAUUUUUCUAAUGAGGAUUUUCUGGAAAAGAAUCACAAAAUAAUCACCAACUCCACUUCUGAGGCUACCUAACUUCCUCAAUAAGCAGACUAACGGAACCCCGAAUUGCAAUGAGAUGAUGAGGUAAAUAAUUUGAUGAGAUAGUAUCAUCUCCAAGAUCCAAAUAUGGCGAGAAACUAUGGAUUUGCAAUGGGCCAACAGGACAUUGUUAGGAUCUUAACGACCACAGUUGAUGGAUUUAUCAGGGAUCAGCUGAUCAACAAAGACCAAAGAGCCCAACACAGGGAACAAUGUGCUGAGAGAUUGGCAGCACAAGAUGGAAGUUGUGACAGAGAUACUGAGGUUCGAUACUCUGAUCAAGCAGUGCUGGCAAAUCUGGACUGGGGUAUUGAAUCCCUCGAAGAAGCUAUCGGAACUUCAAACAUGGAAACUAAGCUUGCAAGACUUGAUCAUGCUGAAAAAAUGUUGCAAGUUUGUGCAAUGUUGAAUUGUGACCAGAGAACUGCUGGAGUCCCCAAUUAUUAUCUAUCUGCUUGGGCACACCUCAACCUAGCAUACCUUUCGAAAUUGCGCAACAAUAUCCAACUAGCGGUUCUCCAUGUGAUUGAGAUGUUUAUAGUUGACCCUUUCUUCUCAAGGAUAGAUUUUGCUCCCGAGCUAUGGAAAAAUCUGUUUCUUCCACACAUGAGCUCGAUUAUAGGGUGGUAUUCGGAGCAGAGGCACAGACUUGUGAUGGAAGUAAUCCCUGAUUCUGCUGAUCUGUCUUUUACAGCUGAUCUUGAUCAUCUUUUUAACGAGUCAGUGGUCUGUUCGAUGAGGCCUGAUCAGGGUGAGAAGUUGCAAAAGCUGGAGCAGCUUUAUGGAGAAUCGUUGGAUGAGAACACGCGGCUUUACGCAAAGUACUUUAAGGAUUGCAUGAACACUGAUUCAACAACCCCAAGUAAAAAGGUGGUUCCAAUGCUGCCAAUCGCAGAGGCACCAAUGACUCCGUUGCAUGAGGUCAGCCACUCAAUUCCUGAUUUCGUAAAGUUUGGUCCUAUCUUGCCCAAGAGUGCCGGUUUUUCUCCCGUCCUCAAGUCUAAAGAUAGCACAAGAGAAACAAGCAGAAUGAAUUUAACUUCUGCAUCCUUACUGAAAUUGGAGUCUGCUAGAUGGGAUCCUCAGGAAGGCAUCCCUGAGGAAAAUGAAGACGAAUCAGAUUACGAGGCUAACGAUGCUAUUGUGGCUUUGGAUGAAAAGGAAAGUGUGGAAAAUGUACAGCCAUCUGUAAGAAAGAGUCGAAUACACACUCCUUCAAUCUUUUCUCCUUUUCAAUCGCCUAGAACUUCUCCAAAGAUUUUAUCUCCAAAGCCAGACAGUGUGCAGUCUAAAAACGAAGCCACUUCUGUAUUGCGCUUAUUUUCCACUCGCAUGACGGAUUCAGCUAUUACAACCUCUUUGCCUGCAUCUCCAGUCAUUAGUAAUGAGUUCAGCAUCAGCUCAGCAGACUCCGAUUGCGAAGUGAUAAAGACUCCGAAAAGUUGCAGGAAAACUUCCAGCCGGACAGAAAGUGAUAUUUCGGAUCAUGUGAAUGGCCAAAAGUCGAAAGAUAGUCCACGUAACGAAAAUGAUGAAGGAAGCCACAGUUGCAGUUCAAUCCCAUAUUCCGAUAGACUGACACAUAAAUCAAGGCCGCCUAAGGAUUUUGUUUGCCCUAUCACUGGCCAGAUUUUCGGUGAUCCAGUUACCCUCGAAACAGGCCAGACAUACGAAAGAAAAGCAAUCCAAGAAUGGCUCAAACGAGGAAACACGACAUGCCCCAUUACAAGGCAACCCAUUGCGACUUCUACACUGCCAAAAACGAACUACGUUCUGAAAAGACUAAUAACAUCAUGGAAAGAAGAGCAUCCUGAACUUGCUCAAGAGUCUCCGUACUCUGAAUCACCAAAAAUAUCAUUCGACCCCUCCUCCGGGAAAGAAACUCAUUCAGCAACAGCCACUUCACAGAGAACACCUAGUUUCCUAGGUCACAGCAAUGCCGAUGAUUAUACCAAUAUCAUCCAACGGAACAAAAGAUUCAUGCGAGUAACGGUUGCUACAUCACCAACAAGUGUGAUAUCUCAAGCUGCAGUCGAGACAAUUAUCAGCAGUUUGAAACCUCAUGUUUCAUGUCUAUGCACUUCAGAAAACUUACAAGAAUGUGAGGCAGCCGUGUUGUCAAUAGCCAGACUAUGGAAGGACUCAAAGGCUGAUCCCGCAGUGCAUUCUUACUUAUCUGAACUGACAACUGUCAACGGAUUCAUCGAAAUACUUUCAGCUUCCCUGAGCCGAGAGGUCCUCAGAUCAUCAAUUUACAUCCUCUCAGAGCUAAUAUUUUCAGAAGAAAGUGUUGGAGAAACUCUUACGAGUGUAGAUUCUGACCUCGAUUGCCUCGCUACUCUGCUAAAGAAUGGACUAGCUGAGGCUGCUGUUCUUAUUUACCAGUUGAGGCCGGCAUUUGCUCAGCUUUCAGUACAUGAUCUCAUACCCUCCCUUGUCCAGAUAAUUCUAAGCAAAACUGAGGAAUUGGAUGAUCUUCAGUUGGUGAUGGAGCCUAAAGAUGCUGCAUUGGCAAUAAUUGAGCAAAUCUUGAUGGGAGGAGACGAAAACAGCAGAUCUAUUAACGCGUUGAGUGUUAUAUCUGCAAACGGGAUUCCUGGACUUGUAAGGUUUUUGGAUAAAGCAGAAGGGACAAGGUCGAUUGUUUCAAUUUUAUUAUGUUGUAUGCAAGCUGAAAAAAGUUGCAGGAACUUGAUAGCAAAUAGAAUCGAUCUGUCUCCUGUUCUUGAAUUGUUUCAUGCCGGAAAUGAUUGCGUGCGAGGCAUAUGUGUAGAAUUUCUUUCGGAGCUGGUUCAGUUGAACAGGAGAACAUUGAGCAAUCAGAUCCUGCACAUGAUUAAAGACGAAGGAGCAUUCAGUACGAUGCACACUUUUCUCGUGUAUCUCCAAAUGGCGCCGAUGGAGCAGCAACCUACAAUCGCUUCUCUUCUUCUUCAGCUUGAUCUUCUGGUUGAGCCGUGGAAGAUGAGCAUUUACAGGGAAGAUGCAAUUGAGGCAUUAAUUGAAGCGAUGCGGCGGAAAGACUUCCCUAAUUCUCAAAUGAUGGCUCUGGAUACCUUGUUAUCUCUUACCGGACGAGUGACUUCCUCAGGGGAUUCGAAUACUGAAGCCUGGUUACUCAAGACUGCAGGGUUUGAUCAACCGUACAAUGCUUUGAUGAAGGCAGAGCGGCUGAGGAAACACGACAAUGAUUUCAUGGAAACAAUGGACGAAGAAGAGAAAGCUGUAACCUCUUGGCAGAAAAGGGUCGCUUUCGUACUUUGCAACCACGAAAAGGGGUCGAUUUUUAAAGCUUUGGAAGAAUGUCUCAAGAGUAAUUCAUUAGAGAUGGCAAAGUCAUGUCUUGUCAUUGCUACAUGGCUAACACACAUGCUCUCUGUACUUCCUGAUACUGGCGUGAAAAGUGGCGCUUGCAAGGCCUUGCUUGACGAAUUCAUGAAUGUUCUCCAAUCGUCGAAUAAUAUGGAGGAGAAGAUUUUGGCAACUCUUGCCUUGAAAUCUUUUGUCAACGAUCCAGCUGCACUUGAAGCACUAAGAGUGUAUGCUAAACCCAUCUACAAAACCUUGAGAAAGCUCAAGAAGUAUGCAUUCGUGGCAAACGACAUAAUGAAAGCGUUGAUGAACUUGUCAUCUAUUGAUAUAGCAGAGCUGUGGAGUUGUUCCGAAGUGCUUGAAUUGGAAUCAUCCACGAACGGGGAGGUUCUGUCUUUGCUUCAUCUGAAAAGUCGCAUUUUAAGCAGCCAUUCGGAUGGGACUAUAAAGGUAUGGGAGGCAGGGAAGAAGGUGCCACGAUUGAUUCAAGAAGUUCGUGAGCACGCGAAGGCUGUUACAUGCCUCUAUAUUUCACCUACAGGCGACAAAUUAUACAGCGGUUCUUUAGACAAAACAAUUCGAAUAUGGGCGAUUAAAGCCGAAGAGAUUCAUUGUCUCCAAGUUCAUGACGUGAAGGAUGCAGUUUAUGAGUUGGUAGCGAAUGGUAAAAUGGCGUGCUUCGUUUCUCAGGGCACCGGAGUUAAGGUGUACGAGUGGUCUGGAGUUCAAAAGCACAUAAACUUCAACAAAUACGUAAAGAGCCUUGCCAUUGCCGGGACUAGUUUGUACUGUGGUUGCUCUGGCUACAGCAUCCAGGAGGUUGAUUUGGGCAAAUACACAUCAAGCACAUUCUACUCUGGCACAAGAAAGCUGCUUGGGAAACAGGUCAUCUACUCCCUCCAUAUCCACGACGGCAUUCUAUAUGCUGGCGGUUCAUCAGUAGAUGCCUCAGCCGGAAAGAUGUUCUCGCUUCCCAACAAGGCAGUGGUAGGAUCGUUCACAACCGGGCUUGACAUCCAACGAAUAACCAUCAACAACGACUUGAUAUUCACGGCCAGCAAGUGCGGGACGAUUGAGGUUUGGUUGAAGGAAAGGUUCACACGAAUUGCUUCGUUCAGAAUGGUUAACGGAGGACACGCCAAGAUUACAUCCUUGGCAGCAGACAUGGAUGGAGGAAUGCUGUAUGCGGGUUCAUCAGAUGGCAGAAUUCAGGUUUGGGCACUAGACUAGCAAGAUGAGCAUAAUUAUACAUGUAAAUUCGACUCCUUGCUGAAGUAGCUACAUCAGGGUUCAAUAUAAAAUCAGGCUAAACAUAUGGGAAAAACGAAUAACAUCAAUAAAUUUAUAUUAAUACCAUUUUUUUUUAUCUUU